AUGCCACGAAUCAAACAGAAAACCAAAGCAGAGGAUCUCACCCGAGUCCGCAACAACCAACGUCGCUGCAGACAGCGAAAACGCGAUUAUGUAGCGGAACUGGAGCGGAGACUUACAUCCAUCGAGGACACUACUUCGCGAGAGAUUCAAAGAUUGCAGUCUAUUGUGGACGAGCUGCGACAAGCGAACGAGAGGCUGACAGCGUUGCUCUAUUCCGGGGGUACUGACUGCGGUUCUAUCGGACCUCUCAGACAGACGGAGAGCGAGAACGAUGCCUUGAGAGAUAUGAGCAGUGACCUCGUGCCUUUGGGGGACGCAUCCAUCCUGGGUAAGGCAGUCUAG